UUAGAUCAAUGCUUUUGUAUCACAGUGAAUUUGGGGGCGAUUUGAAUGAAGUAUCCAAUUCGCCAAUAAUUGAAUGGAGUUCUAGAAAAUAAGGAAAAUUCAAGUGAUUGACCAGUCAGGAGAACGUCUGUGAUUAAGAUAUUAAGAUGAGUGGCGAGCCAGUGGAGCCUACAGAACCACACUCUGAACAAACAGACAAUGAACAAAAUGGACUUAACUUCACCAGACAGAUAAAGACAGAGGACAUUGAGUCUCCUCAUGCUGUUAAGACAUGUCACCUGACACAAGGAACUCCCAUCUCUGGAGCCCAGCUGACAGGGGAUCUCCCCCCCUUGCACCCCCUACAACAGCUGGUAUUGGUGCCUGGGUCUCACCUCUCCUCCUCCUCACCCUUCCUCCUCUCCCAGACACAGAGUGGGCACCAAGCGCUAUUGCAGCAAAACCUGCUUUCAUUGCCCCCGCAGUCCCAGUCAGGCCUUCUGCAGCACCAGUCUGGAAUAUCUCUUACCACCCAGGCAAUGGGUCGGACAGGCUUGGGAGGGUCCUCGCUAGACGGACACCUGGAUAUGAACCAUCUGCAGCUCUCCAAACACAUGCCUUCUCUUUCACAGCAGCAGGAGGAGCCUAGUGACCUGGAGGAGCUGGAGCAGUUUGCCAAAGCCUUUAAACAGAGGCGCAUCAAACUGGGUUUCACUCAGGGGGAUGUGGGCUUGGCCAUGGGGAAGCUGUAUGGAAACGACUUCAGCCAGACGACCAUCUCGCGCUUCGAGGCCCUCAACCUCAGCUUCAAAAACAUGUGCAAACUUAAGCCUCUACUGGAGAAGUGGCUGAGUGAUGCAGAGAACUCCCCCUCAGACUCCAUGACCAGUGCCUCCCCCCUUCCGACCCUGAUGAUGGAAGGAUACGGGAGGAAGAGAAAGAAGAGGACGAGUAUCGAGACCAACAUCAGGCUCACGCUGGAGAAGCGCUUUAUGGACAACCCCAAACCCAACUCAGAGGAGAUCACCAUGAUAUCAGAGCAGCUGUCCAUGGAGAAAGAGGUGGUCCGGGUUUGGUUCUGUAACCGCCGGCAAAAGGAAAAGAGGAUAUACUGUCCCAUCCCUGCUCCUUCCUUGAAGCCAUCCAGCUACAACUCCAGACUGGUCCCCUCCUCCAGGUCCUUCAGUCCUCUCGCCGGAAUGGGAGUGUCGUCCAGUUCCUCUCCCAACAGUCCCAGCCGAGGAUCCUCUCCUGGCUCUCUCUCGUCUGGCCCCGGCACGCUAACAUCGCAGGGGGUCGCCCCUUGUCUCAACACACCCGGGUCUUGGUAUCGAACGUGGAACCACUCGUCCUAUCUCCACUGAAGACUACUGAUCCUGCCUUAAUGGUGUAAAUCUGCGGGUAUACAAGCUGAAAGCUGAUAUCAUUAUAAAUGAUCUGCCAUGCUUAUGUGCUUGUAGGAAGGACACAGAUAAGGACACUAAUGGAAAUACAGCAACGCUUUUAACGUUUAAGAUAAAAUGCAUUUGUGGUACAGCUUUUCUACCCUCACAUAAACCAAACCAUUAACAAGCCACUCCAGUGGUCAAAUUGACCACAUAAUGCAACAAAGAAGAUUAAAAGCAAAUGUUAGGCUACAAUAUCAGCACUGAAAUCUCCUGAGAACAGCAAGGAAGGGGACUGAGCAGGGUUAUUAAAGUAGCAUGAUCUGUCAACUUACUGGUACCAGCCGCAGACAUAUCUAGUCUUUAAAUGAAUGGGUUGCCUUAUUUCAGUGUUGGUAUGAACACCUGGAUAGGGGACAGUUUGUCUUAAACCUAUUUUAAUCACCCUGGGACUGGGAUUUCUCAGCAGUCCCCACUUGAUGAUGUCACAAUGACGUGGAGGUAUGAAUAUUUUGAAGGUUAGGACUUUCUCACUACACUAUGUUUACAGUACCGUUUAUUCAGGAAUCACCCUGGUCUUUAUGCAUGGGGAAUCCAUUUGAAGGUGUAAAUCAUCCUUUCAAACUUUGCCAAAGUCUACAGCAAAUAAUUUUGAAUAUUUUAAUUUCUAUACUUUUUUUUGCUGCAAUGAGCAGAUGUGUCUGGGAAAUGUGGUUUAAAAUGAUGGUUUGUGUUUUAUAUUUUUCCUUACUUGAGGUAACCUUUUUUAUUAUUUGAAAUGUAUUUUCCUUUCUGAAUGCCUCUGCGAUAGAUUAAGAUCAGACAACUAUAUAUCUUAUGAACAGAAAAGUUAAAUUAUAAAAUGUCUGACUCCACAUGUGACUUUAUGACAGUUAUUUGUUCUAUGCAAUGUGGUGUUCAACUGUGAGUUUAAAAAGUGACAUUUUGAAGGGAAAUUUUGUGUUAAAUAUUGAAGUUGUAAAUAUAAUUUACUGUUCUUUGCAUCUUAAUGAAAAUUGCAAUCUUUUCUCUGUAAUAUGUUGUCUGACAGGUGGGAUGAAGGAACUGAAUUCUGCCAUUUUCAGUUUUUUGGGGUUCUAGUUUUUCAAUAAGAAAAAUAGACAUUAAAGUUGAACAUUUUGA